AGGUAGUUGCAAUACUGGAGGUUCUGUAGGAAGUUAUGAAUGUGUAGAGACAUAUGUUAAAAUGUCAGAAGAAAGCGCAGUUAAAGUUUGCGUGAGGGUCCGGCCGCUCAUCCAAAGAGAGAAGAGUGAAUUUCAGGAGGCUGAAGAAGCGGUUCCGUUGUAUUGGAAGACCGAUAAACAUGCUGUUUGUCAGGUGGACGGGACAAAAUCUUUUAACUUUGACAGGGUGUUUAAUACAGAAGAAACUACAGAUAAACUUUACCAAGAAGUAGCACGACCGCUUGUGGUCUCUGCUGUGAAUGGCUACAAUGGAACUAUUUUUGCCUAUGGUCAGACUUCUUCAGGGAAGACGUUCACAAUGAUGGGAAACCAAAGCUCACUUGGAGUCAUACCUUUAGCAAUUCAAGAUAUAUUUAAAAUAAUUGAGGCGACCCCAAACAGGGAGUUUCUCCUCCGUGUGUCCUAUAUGGAAGUAUACAAUGAGACUGUAACAGAUCUGCUCUGUGACAGUAGGAAAAAGAAACCUUUAGAAAUUCGUGAGGAUGUAAAUAGAACUGUAUAUGUUGCUGAUCUGUCGGAAGAAGUUGUUACAACUGCAAAGAUGGUUAUGGAGUGGAUAAAGAAAGGAGAGAAAAAUCGUCAUUACGGAGAGACCAAAAUGAAUGAGCGAAGUAGCAGGUCUCAUACAAUUUUCAGAAUGAUUUUGGAAAGCAGAGAAAGUGAGUCUUCUGAUGGAGAAAAUGUAGAUGGAGCUGUCAUGGUUUCACAUCUGAAUUUGGUUGACUUGGCAGGAAGUGAAAGAGCAAGCCAAACUGGAGCAGCAGGACUUCGACUAAAAGAAGGCUGCAAUAUUAACCGGAGUUUGUUCAUCAUCGGCCAAGUUAUCAAAAAGCUGAGUGAUGGCCAUGCUGGGGGGUUUAUCAAUUAUAGAGACAGCAAACUUACCAGAAUCCUUCAAAAUUCUUUGGGUGGUAAUGCAAAAACUGUGAUCAUUUGCACAAUCACUCCAGCUGCAAUUGAAGAAACAGUCAGCACUCUUCAGUUUGCCAGCACUGCUAAACACAUGAAGAAUGAUCCUCAUGUCAAUGAGGUGUUGGAUGACAAGGCAUUGAUGAAAAGAUAUCAAAAUGAAAUUAUGGAUCUCAAGAAACGUCUGCAAGAAACACUUAUACAGGCAACUGAGAAGAAUGAGUUGGCACAGCUACUGUUGGAAAAGGAACAAUUUCAAAGAGAACAAGAAGAUAAAAUAAAGAACUUGACCAACAUGAUUAUUACAUCUGAUUUCUCAAAGAAGGAACUGAAGAUAAAAAAUAAGAGGAGAGUUACCUGGGCCCCAGGGAAAUUGCAUGAAAGCUUACGAUCAAGUGGAGGAUUUAAGCUUGAUGGUUUGCCUAUGUCUGCAUCAGCUGUCAAAAGAAUGAAAUGUGCAAAGUCACUAGUUGAAUUUGAUAUCUCUGAUUGUACUGAAAUUGAGGAUGCAUGGUCACAUACCUUGGACGACCCAUUUGAACUAGAUGCAAGUCGUAGCAACGUACCUGUUCGCAGGAGUAAAAAUGCUUAUUCCACUCUUUUAGAGGAAAGUCCAAUAUUUGAUGGACAAGAAAAUGCAUGUGAUUUGGAGUCUCAUCAAAUGGAUGACAUGGGAGCAAAAAUUGCAUAUUUGGAACAACAGCUUCAAAGUGAAAGAAAUGAAAAACUUGAAGUAACUGAAAUGAGAAGCUUUUUGGAGAAAAGGGUGUCUGAACUAGAGCAGCAGCUACAGUCCCAAACUGGUGAGGGAAAAGAAUCGGAACACGAGGAAGUGAAAAGGGUCCUUGAAGAGCGGAUUGCUGAUAUGGAGCAACUACUCUUGGAAAACCAAACUAAAGAGCUAGAACAGGAAUAUAUCAGAAAGGGUCUAGAAGACAAAAUUCUAGAACUGGAACAGCAGUAUUCAACAUCGAAAGAAGAAUAUACCGAGAAUAAAGAGGCUUUGGAGAAAAGGAUUAUGGAGCUGGUGCAUUGUCUUCACGUUCAGGAGAACCAAGACAAGGAUAAUUUUCAAGACUCUGAUCAACUGUGUCAAAAGGACUUGCUGGAGACAAUACAGUUUUGUGAAGCACUGGAGGGUGAGAAGGAGAAAUUGCUUUCGGAGAUGGAUGUGCUACGUGAUGCUUGUGAUAACAUGACACUGGAAAAUGAAGGAUUAAGAAAUGAGAAAAAAGAACUGCAAUUUAAACUUAAGGAGAAGAAUGAAAUUGAGGAAUUUGAGGCCCUGGAGAAAGAAAUUAGGCGUGAACAUGAGGCAGAUCUAAUACAUGAAAUCACCAACUUAAAGAAAGGUGCUGAAAAUGCUGAAGCAUGUAUCCAAGACCUGAAGGAUGAACUUUCUAAGGGUAAAGCGUUGAUUGCAGACCUACAGACAUCGGUUGAUAAAGAUUUGGUGGAACAGAUUAAUCAACUAAGGCAUUCGCUUGGAGAUGCAGAGAUUGUCACUCGUGACACCAAGAAAGAAUCAGCGAUCCUUAGAAGUGAAAAUCUGGAGAUGAAGGAAAAAAUGGAUGAAAUGACAGUGAAGUAUCAACAGAUGGAAAAGGAUGUACUGACACUGCGCAGUCAGUUGGAGGCUGAAAAGUUACGCUAUAAGAACAUGCAAAUUGAUCUGCAGAAGGAACUGCAGCAGGCCUUUAAUGAAAACACUAAACUAACUACACUUCUGGAUGGCAAGGUUCCUAAAGAUUUGAUUGAACGCAUUGAACUAGAAAGAAUGGUUGCAGAUCUGAAGCAGGGAUUGAAACAAACACUGGCAGAUAAAACUGCUUUAAAGGAGGAGGUUGAUGCUUCAUCAGCACUCCAGCAUCUACCUGAAAAAGUUGGCAGACUGAUGAAGCAGGUCUGUGAAUUGUCUAAUGAAUUGCGCAUUGUGACAUCUGAAAGAGAAGACCUGACCUUAACAAUAGCUGAAAGGGACAGUAGGAUCCAGGAGCUGACUGAGGCUGCUAAGCAGGCAAGUGAAAAACUCUCAGAAAACAUAUCCAAGCUUAACGAUGCAGAGAUGAAGGUGGUGAACUUAACGCAACAGCUCGGUGAAGUACAGCAGUUAUUGCAGUCAACUCAAAACUGUGAACAAAUCAAGGCUGAAUCUGACAGCCUAAUGGCAGACAAAGAUCAACUCAGAAAUGAGCUAGAGGAGCUGAAAAUACAGUUAACUACAGUGUCAGAUGAACUACAACAGAAACAUGUGGAAGUGAGUGUCCUCCAGUCUGAGAGAGAAGCUUUGACUGAGAGCCAGAUAGAGCUGGAGGGGCUGAGAACCCAGUUUGAGAGAAUGGAGCUGGAGGCAGCAGAGCAGGGUAACAAACUGCAGCAGCUUCAUAGAGAGAUGGAAGCUCUUAAUCAAGAAAAAGAUUGCCUCCAGCAAGUUUUGGAGACUGUGCAGUCUGAGCGGGAUGCAUUGACUAAUGUUCAACGAGAUCUUGAAAAGACUAUGACUGACCUGUGCAACACUCGGGAAGAGUUGAACCAGACUCAGCAGUUGGUUGGUGGCCUGAAGAAUCAGAUUGAAGAAAAAGAAGCUCAGUUGGCCAGUAUGGAAGAAAGAUUGGUAGAGAGAAAAUUGUCAGAAUGUGUGGAGGUUUCUGUAGAUACUUCACACUAUAGCAACCUAUUUGCUGAGAAAGAGGAGCUGCUUCAAAGCCAGCACAGACUUACUGUGGAGGUAGAUCGUCUGCAGAAGGAAUUGAGCACCAGUACAUCUCGACUGGAAGGCAUGGAAAGGGAUGCUCUGGAGCAGACAUGCAGACUGCAGCAUCUACAGGAGGAGAUGGCAGAAACAACACAAGCAAGAGAUGAGCUUUUUCAAAAACUGGCGGUCAUGCAGGUGAACCCUGAAACUGCUGCACUAACUCAAGAACUAAGACUUGCUAAAGAAGAGCUCUCACGGCAUCAACAACUGGUCAUGGACUUGGGGAACCAACUUGUGCAGAAAGAUCAGGAUUUAACAACUGAUAAAAAAAAUAUGGGAGAGACUCCUGAAGAACUACAAAAGAAGGAAAACCAGGUUACUGAGGAGUUGAAGAUGGUAACCAGUGAACGAGAUAUUCUUCUGGCUGAGAGGAGAGACACUGCACUAAGUUCAAAGACUGACCUUCAGCUGGGAGAGUUGCAGGAACAGAUCUUAUCUCUUGUUAAGGAGAGAGACGAGCUUCAGGAGAUACUGGAAGGUGUCAGAACUGAAAAGAACGAAUUGAAGGCUAACCUGCAGGAGAAUAUUGAAUUGUCCUUUGGGGUUCAGGAACAACUGAUAGUUUCCCAGCAGGAGCUUGAGCAACAGCAAAGACUAGUUAAUGAGCUGAAGAGCCAGAUUGCAAAGAAAGAACUCCAGCUAUCAAACAUUGAAGAAAAAGUAACUGAAAUCAAAGAAGCUGUGGGUUUGGAUGACAAAGUUCUUCAGCUAACUGAGGCGCUACUGAGAGACCAUCUAAUUGAUGAGAGAGCUAUGGUAUCAAAUAUGGCUCAGCAGUCGGAGCCUGAACUUCACCUGGGAGAGCUGCAGGAACAGAUUUCAUCUCUCACUAAGGAGAGAGAUGAGCUUCAGGAAAUACUGGAGAGUGUCAGAGCUGAAAAGAACCAACUCCAGGCUGACCUGCAGGAGAACAUUGAGAUGGCUAUUGACACUCAAGAAGAGCUGAGACAACACCAACAACAGAUUACUGACCUAAAAAAACAGAUUGCAGUGAGAGAAUACCAAGUACUAAGUAGUGAAGAGAACUUGAAUGGAAUAAAAGAACUACAAGAAAAACUUAACCAGAUGACUGAGGAACUUAAACUGGUAACCAUUGAACGGGAUCAUCUUCUGGCUGAGAGGAGACAAUCUGCAUCUGGUUCAGAGUAUGAACUUCAAACGGGAGAGCUGCAGAAACAGAUUGCGGCUCUCAUUAAGGAGAGAGACGGGCUUCAGCAAAUACUGGAGAGUGUCAGAGCUGAAAAGAGCCAGCUGAAGGCUGACCUGCAGGAGAACGUUGAGAUGACUAACCAGGUGAUGGAGGAGCUGAAGUUGGUAACUAGUGAACAAUAUCAUCUGGCUAAGAGGAGAGACAAUGAUCAAGGACUAGAGACUGAACAACUGGGAGAGCUGCAGGAACAUAUUUCAUCUCUUACUAAAGAGAGAGAUGAGCUUCAGGAAAUACUGGAGAGUAUCAGAGCUGAAAAGAGCCAACUGAAGGCUGAUUUGCAGGAGAGAGUUGAGAUGGUUAACCAGCUGACUGAGGAGCUUACGCUGGUCACCAAAGAACUGAAUCAUAUUGUAGCUGAGAAGAGAGACGGAGCUCAAGGACUAGAGAGUGAACUUCAACUGGCAGAGCUGCAGGAACAGAUUUCAUCUCUCGCUAAGGAGAGAGAUGAGCUUCAGGAAAUACUGGAGGGUGUCAAAUCUGAAAAGAAUCAAAACAUAGAGCUGCAGACUUCUAAGAAUCAAGAUGAACCAAGAUCUGCCCUGGAAGAGCUGAGUCAGCAGCAGCAGCUGGUCCGUGACCUGCAGACCCAGACUGCACAGAGAGAAUCUGAACUACAAGAAAAAGUAAACCAGGUGACUUAUGAACUGAAGCUGGUAACCAGUGAACGGGACCAUCUUCUAGCUGAGAGAGAUGCUGCUGAACUUGGGGAUUUGCAGGAACAGAUUUCAUCUCUCAUUAAGGAAAGAAAUGAACUUCAAGAAAUACUGGAGAGUGUCAGAGCUGAAAAGAACCAGAUGAAGGAUGACAUGCAGGAGAACAUUGAGAUGACCAUAGAGACCCAAGAAAAACUGAGACAGCAACAGCAAUUGAAUAUUGACCUGAAGAACCAGAUUGCAGUGAGAGAAUCUGAACUACUAGAAAAAUCUGAGACUCAACUGAAGCACCAACAGCAAGUGGUGGAUGAGUUUAAAAGGCAGGUUGCUGAAAACGAGGCUCAAAUAUCAAGUCUGCAGCACAAACUGGCAGAAGAGUCUGAGAGUCAAGAGAUAUUGAGGCAAACCCAAGAGGAGCUAAUGCAUAGACGUCAAGAAGUUGAGCAAUUAAGAUGCCAAGUUGCUGAAAAAGAAGCUUGGCUAUCAAACUUGCAGGAGACCCAGGCAGAUAAGCUGCUGAGUUUCACUGAAGAGUUAAAGCUGUCUGCUGCUAACCAAAGCCAUCUUAUGGCAGAGAAUCUGAGUCUUGUUCAGAGCCAGGAGAGUCUGAACAAAGAGUUGGAGGAACUGAGGAACAGUGUCUCCCGACUGGAGAAAAUUGAGCUGGAGGCACUGGAGCAUGAGAAGAAGCUUAGUCAAUUCCAAGGAGAUAUGGCAGCAUUGACUCAGGAAAGAGAUGAGCUUCAGAAAACCCUUGACCACUUGCAGGUGACAAUGAAUGUGGAAAAGAGGAAUAUUGAGUCGUGUUUGUCUGAAGAGAAAAAAGAAAACCAAAGGCUUUUAGCAAAGAUUGCAGGCUUCGAGGAGCAGGUUGCCUCCAUGGGGAGCAAAUCCAAUCCAUCCAUCGGAGAGAUGGAGAAACUGUCGCUGCAUCUUGAGGGAACAGAUAAGCAACUAAAGGGCUGUCUGCAGAGUUUCCAUAAGCUAAAAGACCAGUUUGGAAGCUGGUGUAGCAACAUGGAAACCAUCCUGCUAAAGGACAUUGAUUCUCAGAAGGAGUUUAUGUCGCACCUGCUCUCCCCACUUUCUUCUGGACAAACAAAGCCUGUUGAGAUCCUGCACUGUGAUAUUCAGAGAAUGAGCUCACAGUUCAAAUUUGUACUGAAGAAACUAAAGGUUUUAUACACUACUUUAGCCCAGAAUCAGAUGGAACACCAUCAGCUGACUGCUCGGUAUGAAAUGGAUUGCUUUGAGGAGAACAAGAAGCAAGAGCUUCUAGUCAAGAAGAUUCAAUUUCUGACAGGCGAUGGCUUUAUAAAGUACAAUGACCAAUGUGAAACCGAUAGAUUGUCUGGACUACUUGAAAAGAGAGACUUGCAAUUGCAGGAAAUUAGCCAGAUUUUAUCAGAGAUGGAACACGAUUUUGUUAAAACUGACACGGAGGUACAAAAGGAAAUGCAGGAUCGGGAGAAAAUGAAAGAGAAACUAAUGGCUUUGGAAAAUCCAUCCGUCCCCGAUGUAAUGGAAAUAUUAAGGCAGGAGAAAGCUAGAAUAAAGCAGCAUGUUGAGCUUAUGUCACAGGACCUAAAGAGCUUGGCUUUAAAGUUUACUGAUUUUGAUAAAAAAAGAAAAGCUUUCAGAAUCCAGUCAAAUAAACAGCUAGAAGAAGAAAAGAAAAAAAGUCAAACUCUCAUUCAGCAAUUGGACUCCCUUACAAAUGUAGUUCCUAAAAGUGGUGCAGCUUUAUUACUGCAAGAAGAAAACCAGAGGCUUAUGGAUAAACUUGGAGCAAAUGAAAAGGAAAUUGAGCAAAUGCAAUUAAAAAUUAAAGAGCUACAAGGCGCCUUGGAUAUAGCUGAAGAAAAUGCAUUGGAACACAGGAGGAAGACAAGUGCAUUGCAGGGAGAGCUGAAGGAUCUAGAAGCAAAAUUGACUGAAAGAGAGAAUGCCAUCAAAAGUCUGAACAUGAAUCUGGUACAUAUUGAGGCAAAAGUUAAGAAAGGGGCAGCCCCAUACACAGAAGAACUUGAACGUCUUAAGACAAAGGUGGUAAAGUUGGAGUUUGAGAGGACUGGCCUAUCGCGAAAAUGGCAACAAGAGUUUGAUUCAUUAAAAGCACAUCUGGAACACAAAGAAGACAGUCUGAGAAGCCUCAGAGAAAAACUCAGGAGGAUGCAACAGGACCAUGAUGAAACAAUGCAUGAGGAUCACAAAAAUCAUCACCCCACUGAUGCAGGACCUCUAUCCUGCGGAAGUUUUGGAAUCGUACAGAGCACAGCAGUGCUGGUGAUAAAAGCUGAAAAAGCUAAAUUAGAAGCUGAAGUACACCAGCUGAAGAAGAAAAAUGAUGAACUUGAUAGUAUUGUCUUGAACCUGCAAGAUGAGGUUUCCAAAUGGAAAGCCAGGGCAAGGAAACAUAAAGACUCAAAGGCUGUGCAUUCAUUGACUGAUAUAGAAAGACAUUCCAAAUGUCUACCUUUGUCUCCACUAAAACAAGAAGUUUCAGUACCUCAGACUCCAUCUCCAUGUAGAAAGCUUGCUUCCUCUGAAAUACUGGUGCUCAAUUCCCCUAAAAGUAAAUUCUUUGACUCCCGACCUGAUUCGAUGUCUGUGUCUCGUCCAACACAGUUCUUUGACAACUCCAGUCUUGGAACGGUACCAGGUCUAGAGUCUACAAAAGAAGCUGCAAGUGAAACUCAAGACUGGUGGGCUUCAGCCCCUCGAAAGAAUGAUACCGUUUCACAGUGUCAAACUCAGUAAAUAAGAGCUGGGAUUCAACAGAACUUCUCAGUAUUGCUGCAGUAUUCACCACUUUUGUUCUAUAUAUGUAAGGUUCCAUUUUGAGAUUUUUCGAUUCUAACAUGAGAGAUUUGAUAUUUAAAUCAAAUGUUAUACAAAGUAUAUGUAACUAAAUACAAAAGGGUUAUAUAAUUCUGCGAGAAAUCUCAGAUGAAUAUUUCUCAAACAGCUGUCCAACCUUUUUGGUUCUUGUACAGAUUACCAGGGUUUCUAGCAGCCAUAGGAAAGAAACAAAACAUUAACAGCAACUACUCUGAGACACAGCGUUUAGUUGUUUUUUCUCAUGAAGCAUGUUGCGUGUUUUAAAACACCUUCAAUAUGCUGCAUUCUGGCAGUACUCUCUUCUACCUAAGAUUAUAGAUUGUUGAAAUCUAGAUCAACAUUUAGUCACUGAUAUGGCAAAAAGGUAAGCACUGAAAUUACAGUUUUUGAACAAUUUAUGAAAUACAUGACAGACCAUUUGCUUUUGUCAAGACCAGUAAUAAGGGCUGUAUUUUGAAUGACAUUCACCAACCUACAGUUCCAAGAAUUUGGACGCAGAACAUUAUGCGUGUUGCUCAUUAGAGUUCCACCCUUAUUGUACAUAUUUUUGCGUAUUCUUUUGUUAAUUUUUUAAUGUUGCUUUUGUCAUGUUUAUUGAUAUGUGUUUUGUCUUUUUGUAUUCUAGAGGGUUGUAUCUUCUUCAUAACACCUUGUUUUCAAUAAUACAGUUUAUACACAUAAUUUCCUGGCAGAAAUGGUAAAUCAUAGAUAGUAGCUUUUGUGUGUUUUAACCC